AUGGCGCCGUCCCUCGAAGAAGCCUCCAACACGACCGGCGAAGCAGCGCUCGAAGCGCCACUCAAGCAAGCACCCAAGCUCGUCGCACCCGAACCCGAACACUGCCCUGGUCCGGAGUCACAACAAGCAGGCAAGGCAGAUUCAUGUGCGGGGUGCCCUAACCAAGCCAUCUGCGCCUCGGCACCCAAAGGCCCGGACCCGGACAUACCAGUCAUCACGGCGCGGCUCGCGGAGGUGCAACACAAAAUCCUGGUGCUGUCGGGCAAGGGCGGAGUGGGCAAGAGCACGGUGUCGGUGAUGCUGGCGCACGCGCUGGCAGCGAACCCGGACAGCGCGGUCGGGUUGAUGGACACGGAUAUCUGCGGACCUAGCAUUCCAAAGAUGAUGGGCGUGGAGGCGGAGAGCAUACACGUUACGGGGACUGGAAUGGAGCCUGUGUGGGUGGCGGAUAACCUGGGGGUCAUGUCAGUCCAGUUUAUGCUGCCGAACCGGGACGACGCGGUCAUCUGGCGCGGACCGAAGAAGAACGGCCUCAUCAAGACGUUUCUGAAGGACGUGUCAUGGGGCGUGCUAGACUACCUAGUCGUGGACACGCCGCCAGGCACGUCGGACGAGCACCUCAGCGUCAACAGCUUCCUCAAGGAAGCAGGCGUCGACGGCGCCGUGCUCGUCAGCACGCCGCAGGAAGUCGCGCUGCUGGACGUGCGCAAGGAAGCCGACUUCUGCCGCAAAGCGGGCAUCCGCAUCCUCGGCAUCGUGGAGAACAUGUCGGGCUUCGUCUGCCCGAACUGCACGCACCGCAGCGACAUCUUCCGCGCCUCGACGGGCGGCGCGCGCCGCCUGGCCAAGGACCUCGACAUCCCGUUCCUAGGCGCUAUUCCGCUCGACCCGCGUAUCGGCAUGGCGUGCGAUUAUGGCGAGAGCUUCCUCGAUGCGUAUCCUGAUAGCCCGGCCUGUAAGGGCAUUCGCGAUGUCGUGCGCGCCGUGGGCGAGCAGAUGGGUUUGGAUCCCGAUGAUGUGCUGCCGGAGCCAGAAGAGGAGGCGGCGGCGGAGGCGCUCGAAGAGGGCGCGAAGGUCGCCGCUGAUUGA